AUUAAUCCUGGAGAAAAGUUGCCAUAAACAUACCAGCGGACAGGGUAGCUAGCUCUCUUUCUCUCUCCAGUCCAUACUCAAAUGAGUUCCUUUGUUUUUUUCUUGGACAAACCCAAUUCUUUUCCUUUCUUUUCUUUUGCUUUGGCUCUGAUUCAUUGGCAAUCUUAAAUAAGGCGUUGUAAUCAAAGAACAAAAUCAUGUGGGCAGUUCUAAGGCGGAGGGUUGCUUCUUCUUCUUCUUCAGUCAGUUUUAGCCCAGUCAUUUCGGGAUGCUCGAUCUUCACGAUGUUACAUUUCUACUCCAAUUGAGACUUUAGUCUCCAGAGGAGGAUCACGGAUUGCAGGGAUUGUUGGUCACCUGGGUUAUCAAGUGGUUACAGGGUUUCCAAUUGGCUCGAAGCCCCUAAGGGAAGUUAUUUCACUUGUUCGAAAAUAUCCUCCAGUAUCGGUCCAUGCUAGGUUGUUUUCUGCUGAUACUGGUGAACUUGUUGAUGCUGUUGUUCCUUUCAUGGGGGAAUCCGUCACUGAUGGCACUCUAGCAAAUUUUUUGAAGCAACCUGGUGACCAUGUAGAACUAGAUGAGCCAAUCGCACAAAUAGAAACUGAUAAGGUGACAAUUGAAGUAAAUAGUCCUGAAGCUGGUGUAAUUGAACAGUUGGUGGCCAAAGUAGGUGAUACUGUGGAGCCAGGUACCAAGAUAGCUGUCAUUUCAAAAUCUGGUGGUGUAACUCAUGUUGCUCCAUCAGAAGAAAAGCCUAGCAAGGCAGUCUCUGAGCUCUCUACUGCAAGAACAAAGAAAGUGGACAUGGAGAAGCCUAAAGCAGAAACUCCUCCGCCUAAAUCAGAAACUCCACCCAUCAAAGAAAAGCCUAAAGCACCUUCUCUGCCUCCCUCCAAACCUUCUGCUAAGGAACCUCAACUUCCUCCUAAAGAAAGGGAGAGAAGAGUUCCUAUGACAAGACUUAGAAAGCGUGUUGCAACACGUUUGAAGGACUCUCAAAACACUUUCGCGAUGUUGACUACAUUCAACGAAGUUGAUAUGACCAAUUUGAUGAAGCUCCGUUCUGACUAUAAGGAUGCUUUUGUUGAGCAGCAUGGAGUAAAGUUAGGUCUUAUGUCAGGAUUCGUAAAGGCUGCUGUUAGUGCGCUUCAGAAUCAACCAAUUAUCAAUGCUGUAAUUGAUGGAGAUGACAUAAUUUAUAGAGAUUAUAUUGACAUCAGUAUUGCUGUUGGUACUCCAAAGGGCCUUGUAGUUCCAGUAAUCCGAAAUGCUGAUAGAAUGAACUUUGCCGAAAUUGAGAAGGAGAUAAACAUCCUUGCUAAGAAGGCAAAUGAUGGGUCUAUAUCAAUUGAUGAAAUGGCUGGAGGCUCAUUCACAAUAUCUAAUGGUGGUGUUUAUGGAAGCCUCUUAAGUACUCCAAUUAUUAACCCCCCUCAGUCGGCUAUCCUGGGCAUGCACUCCUUAGUUAGCCGCCCAAUGGCUGUUGGUGGAGAAAUAGUUCCAAGGCCUAUGAUGUACAUUGCUCUGACAUAUGACCACCGACUGAUUGACGGAAGAGAGGCGGUGUUCUUCCUGCGUCGCAUUAAAGAUGUUGUGGAGGAUCCACGGAGACUGCUGCUUGAUAUAUGAGGAAACCAUACACAACUGUCUGAUUUUAGCAUCCUGGUAUAGCUUGGAUAUGGCAUACAUUUUCUUGGUGUAGAAUAAAUAGCAAUGCUCAAACAUCGACUUUUCCAGGGCUCCUGUGUUUGCAUUUUCACCAAGUUUUCCACUAGAAGCCCAUCACAUAAACUUCAGAUCACAAAUGUAAGACAUGGUUCCAUGUUAAGGUGAAGGACUUAUUAUAAGUUUUAAGACUUGAGAAACAGAAGUUUAUCAUGGUUGAACAUCUUGUCCAUAGA